AUGCAGGUCCCAGGUGUCACCUUGGAAGACCUGCAAGUCUUCCAAGCAGCGCAUUUCCCCGGCCCCCACAAACCACUGAUACCCCCAACAACAGAACCCGCGCAAGAAGAAAAAAAUUCCUACGAGGCAGAGGAGGAUUUGGGAUACUACCCCGAUGGCAUGAAACGAACUCUCACAGAUGAGCAAAUCCGGAUCUUUCGACACAGUGAGAUACACGCGCUGCUGCGUGCGCGACAGCUUGAAGAAGAUGAUGCCGAGUACGAAGCACGUCGACACGUCGCCGAUGACGCCGGGGCUGAAAAUAGCCUUGAGUGUAACGCAAAAGCUGCGGACGCAAGCUUGAGCAAUGAUGGUUCGACAAGACGGCGCUCCUCUGGCGGGCGAAAGCCCAACACCCAGCGUCCACACAACGCGUCUUCCGACCUCGACUACGGAGAAUCAACUCAAGACACCACAAAGUCGAAACCGGAGAAGAAUGUGGCGUACAUCGGUCGAAAGAUCGUUUCUUAUGCGGACUAA